AUGGAAACUGAUGGAAGAUCCGGAGGUAUGGAUACAAACAAUGAUGUCUUAAAUGCAGUUGAAGUCAAUGUCUCGACAUCUUCUCAAUACUCUUUAAAUGAUAGCAAAAGUAUUGUAAAACAAAGUGCAGUAAAUUUAGAUAAUAUGUGUAGAGAGAGACUGCAUAGUAUGGCAUCACAUCUAUCAUAUAUGCCUUACCCGUCGCCAUCAUAUUCUUCGCUAUCUGUAAAACCACUUCUUGGGACAAAACACACCAUCGAUGCAAUUCUUGGUCUCAGAGGAUCUCAUUCUCUUAGAAAUAAACAUUUUUCCGUUGACAACAACCAUACAGAUGUUAAUACAAGUGAGCUCUCGUGUGAAUCAAUUGGAUCUAACAGUAAAUCAGGUGAUGAACAAGCAAUUGACGACAACGAUGACGAUACCAGAGAUUGCAAUACUGUAUCAAUUCAUAACAUAUCGUCAUCGCCGCUAUCAAUAGAUGAGGACAACAGUGGAAGCAUAGGCGCCGCAGAUGACGGACCCAAGAAAAAACAUCGCAGAAAUCGCACCACUUUUACAACCUAUCAGUUGCACGAACUCGAGAGGGCUUUUGAAAAGUCUCACUAUCCGGACGUCUAUAGUCGUGAAGAAUUGGCUAUUAAAGUAAAUCUACCGGAAGUUAGAGUUCAGGUUUGGUUUCAGAACAGAAGAGCUAAAUGGAGACGACAGGAGAAGCUGGAGAGUCAACACGCGCUCAGAAGUCUGAGUGCCGCUGACUAUCACUCGCCAAAUACGGCGGAUAAUAGCACUGCAAAUGCAUCGGUUUUGUCUCGUUCUUCACACUCUCCGAUCAGUUCGCCAAACAGUUUAACAAAAAGGCCAACCAUUUCAUCGGACAGCAAUCUAUCGCACAACACAUUUAUACCAAAUAUGCAUUUCAAUACUUCAUCACUACCUCUGGAUUCAUGGUUAGCAGCGGCCGCAUCCCGGUCUCCAUCAGCAUUGCUCAGUACAGCCUCACUCUCCAGCUUUUUAAGUCAUCCAUCAAACCUUUAUCCCAAUUAUUUAAUUCAAUCGACACAAACCCCUUCCGAUUCACAAUUGGUAACUCAAUCGAUGUGCAACUCAUCCAUAGCUCCCAUUUCAAUGGUUUCAAACCCAUUGAUGAGAACCAAUACAAACCCCAAUUCAACUUCUUUAAGUCCAUCGGCCAGUCCUCUCAAUCUGUCAGUUAAUGACUCAAAAGAGAUCCAAAGUAGAAGUUCGCUCAAUACUAAUAAUAUAAAUAUAAGAGGAAUUGAAGACAAUUUAUCUAUUGGAGGACACUUUGAUCAGAGAAACUCAAGUAUAGCAUCAUUACGUCUUCGAGCUAAAGAGCACGUGGAGCUAAUCAAUCAAAGCUUAACUAUUAUAUAA